AUGACAUCUGUCCCAACAUCCGAUGGAGAGCGGGCGAGUAUCUUGUGGCGCGAGGGAAACGAAUUAUAUUUAUCGGGCAAGUUUAUUCCAGGUACGAUAUCAUUAUUUCAUUUGCUUACUAAAGUAUGGUGCCUGACCCUUCACGUUACAGCUUUGAGAAAAUAUCGAGAAUAUGCCAACCUUCAACCGCCCAGUUAUGCAUUACUUGACAAUUUAUCGGCCGCGUACUUCGAGGUUGGGGAUUAUGGUCAAUGCAUCACAGAGAUUAGAAAAGCUCUCGACUAUUCGCAAACCCACGAUAGAGGGAAUAACGCAUUCGUAGAGAAGUUCCAACAGCGGAUAAAGAAAGCGGAGUUACUUUCAUACAAAUCAUCUGAAUUGAAGCAGCAGCAAACUAGAUUAAGGAUUCUUGAAAAAUUGCCUCGCUAUAGGCCAACAUUCACCAUUACGGAACCAGCUUGCACACUUGGCAACGAGAAACCCACAUCAUUGUUUGAUCUCACCAUUGGUAAAAAUGAGCCUGUGUCUGACAGUGUCUCCUUUCUAUUUGGAGAUAUUGGUGACGCACGUAAUUUACUCCAAACCAUCGCUAGAAUUGCUGAGCUCGAAAAGGAACACAGCUUAAAGCAAAAGCAAUAUCAUCUAACCAUGAUUGAUGUCAGCAGAAACACCCUUACAAGAGACCUGAUCAUUUUCAUGUUACUGGAAGAACUGUCUGGUCUUGAAACGAAAUCUAAAGAGGCUGAAGAAGUCUUGACUACACUAUUUUUUGUCUUCGUCGCCUUCAUUAUGCCCCGUGUUGCCUAUAAUCACCUUUUUCGCACCAUCGAUCGGGCCCUCUCCGCACUGCAAUCCGAUAUGCAACCUUUGAGCUGGAUUUACCUUUAUAAGAAGGAUUUUCCCUUUUACAUUCAAACCUUGGAAAGUUGGAAAGGCAGGGCUUCCACUACUAUCACCGUUGCCGACGCAGUAGAUGAAGUAACUCGCCAACUACGCCGAGAUAAAAUGCUAAUGCCUCCCGCAUUGCGCGGUGAUGAGGAUAUGCCCACUGCGUUUAAAAAGGAGAAUAAACUGUACAAGGCUACAGCUAUUCUCAUACCUCCCAAAACAGUUUCUCAAAACCACGACCGUGAGAUACUGCCACUACUUCAAGUUCAUAUUAAACAUCCGGAAAAGAAAGCUUCAAAGUUCAAAGAGCAUGUGCGCAAUAAAUGGAACUUUAAUACAACCCGCAUGGACCUUGAUUGGUAUGAUUUCCUCGAGGACAAACAUGAUUUUGAUUUUUCCAAUGAUCCUUUUCUUGAACUGGACAAUUUCGCCUCUGUAUCCAAAACUUUACCUGCAAAAGUAACGAAUCCAACCACUUUAUAUGAUUACAUUACUCCAUUUUUUUUAGAUGCCGCCGACUCCAUCAAAUAUCUCAAAGGUCGUCUCCAGGUUGAAGCAAUGUGCGGAGAUUAUGUUGACUUCGCCGAGAAACUGAGAUUCAGUCUGUACCGCAACAACGACAGCUUACAAUCAUCGGAGGCCGCAACAUUGGACGAAACCCGUUGCAAAAAAUUCCCAGUGUUGUAUAACCGAAUAUAUUUGGGUAAUGUUUCUGAUUACACAGGUGGGCACCUUUCGGCAUUUCUUCAUGCUUCACCACUUUUGAAACCACUAUCCUCCAGUUUCGUUCAAUCAAACCUUUUGCAGAAUGUACCGGGCAUACUUGGUGUUGAAAAAUACCUUGCUGAAUAUCAUCUUAUGGCCGACUCUAAAAUGGGCGAACAACUUACCUCUGUGAAGGUUCUAUCGCCAGGUGAGGGGCGAUGGCCCGCCAGGAACUAUACACGCUAUGGGAUUUCACAGUGUCUCUUCCGAGGUUUUGAGGAUUUGCUCGGUCGAAAGACCUUCAAGAGAUGGAUCUAUGCUUUCUUCUUCCGUCUCGCUAUACCAUUCCCGUUGAAGAUGACGGCGGAUGGUAAUCCUAUUCCGUCGCCUCUUACUCUCACCAUUAUAUUCCGCCUUAUAGCUCAUUUACGUAUCACACCGGAAUCAGACACCAAAGGGAAGCGCAAACGUCCUAAAAAGCACCUUAUCACUAUACCAUUUGUUCAAGAGAUGGCAACACUUGCAAGAAUAUUCGAACCUCUGCUGCCUUUCUCACUGCCCUCUCCAGCUCUCAUUCCAGAAGCGAACGAUAUCUUCAACUACGAAUUCCACCUUCCUAAUGUCAUCCGCAAACGAGAUCCUUCCAUCCGCCUUAUACUUAUCUUUUACAAUUGUGACAGCCUGCGUAAAUGUGAAAUGAACAUACCAGCUUUACUCUUCUCAAUUGUGGGAGUCCCGAAGGCCGUAGACGGUGCAGCAGAUAGAUCCGCUGAGAUUGCAGAUUUCAAAGAAAACGGAUUAUUCCUUUGGACUACAAUAAAAUAUGAUGCAGAGCAGAGCAUUGUAAGUGCUUGGAUGCCCAGCAACUUUGUUGAAAAGGUGGAAGCGGACCCGUGGAGGUGCGGGCUAUGGAGAGUGGAUACUUGGGAGAAUGUUCAUUCUGGAACUUGUACGAUAAAGGGCUCAAUAGUUCAAGGAGAGAGAUGGGGAGAUACUGCCAGUGUAUAG